UCGAAUCGUUAGCUACUCUGAAUCUCAUUUCGAAUUCAUAGCACUAAAAGCUGAGGCGUUAGUUGUGAACCAACGAUGUCUGCCCGUGAAUAUCCGAGAGUCUGGAGACGUUUCGAAAGAACUGUGGAUGACGGGACGAAACUGAAAUUCGAAAUUGAAGAUAUCCCAGAAACUAUGUGGAUCACUGCGGUUGAGUUUAUGUUAGGAAAUUACAUCAGGGAAGACGUUUGGUGGAAUACGGCUGGCACUGCGAAGGAUUUAGAGGCCGUGCAGGAGUACAGAGUGCUUCUGACGUCGAUCAUUAAGCAGAAAAUGAGUUUGGCAUGCUUCUUAGCGGAGGGAGACGGUUCAGGACAUACGCUUGUCGGAGUCAACUUGUGUAUGCCCCAAGAGAAGGGACGUUUCGUCGAUCACGCACCGCCAAAAACAAAGGCCGGUUUGCUGUCACUGCGUAUGUUUGUGGAGGCCAUGAAAGUGACAGAGAUUUAUGAUAAAUAUGGAGUGAAUAAAUAUCUCAUGGGAACAGGCCUCUCUGUGAAACCGGAGUACAGGGGACUCGGAAUAGCCGUCGAAUUACUUAAUACCAGGGUGGAACUGUCGAAGACGUUGGGUUUUAUAGCGACAGGAGGCAUAUUCACAAGUGCCCCUUCUCAACGUGUCGCCGAAAAGGCCGGCAUGGAAUGCCUCUACCAAGUCACGUACAAGAAAUUUGCGAAACAGUGCAAUAUCGUAUUUGACACUGAAACUGAACAUCUGAAGAUCUUUGCAAUAAGUACCGGUGUUUAAAACAUUAUUUUUUUUACUACAAAUAAUAUUUAAUGAUUUAUACUACUUCAUACAAUAGGUUGCAUUAUAAUCAUAACGGAAAAAUUACAACAUACACAUACAAUAGAUUUAUGUAAUGAACCGUUUCACUAUUUCUCUGUGUUUUUUCUUUUAAGCUUUCCUCCAGUUUUCAUAAUAAAAUAAACGAGAAAUUACAGAGGAUCGUUCUGGUAGAGUAAUAAUAAAUAAUCUAUCUUCUUUAUUGAGCCCAUUUUAGGACAUAUUGCUUGAUUCAUUUGGUGAAGUAACCAACAAAGAAAUUGAUAUAGAUAAAAUGACACAAAGGCCGGCACGGCGGCAGCGGCCUGACAUAAUGCAAGGAACUGUUUGUAUUAUUACCCGUAGAACCGACAAUAUUCGAUAUCGUCGGUACUGAGGGAAAAGCAAAAAAACUAAAGGGCACCGAUAAAUGAAAUACGAAGCAUUGAGUAAGAAAAAUAACUUCGAAAGUAAAAAAUCAAACAAUAAUCCGGAAAAAACAAACGCAAACAGCAAUAAGUACGUAAAAUUUUUCACUUCUCCCUUGAUAGCGCUGUGAUGGGUCAUAAUUUAUUCACCCUGAAGCCAGUAAGAAGUACCGCUCAGGUUUAAAAACUCUGUAUAUAAUUGUCCAAACUGAGUGUGAGCUGAGAGCGGUCCCAAGUUAUGAUGAAUGAUGGCGGUUGCCACCAACAACAGUUUGCCAAGAAGAACGUGAAAAUUAUUUAAAUAUCAACCACUGCACUGGUAUUCCUGUAAACUUCCCGUAGGUACUAAACAAAACAUUAAUAUUUUCAUGGGUUAAUUUUAUUUGACAACGCAUUGUGUUCACGUAUUUGGCAAUAGGAGAAUUACAAAGAUAUAUGUUGCCUAACUUACCGGUGUUUAGUUAAGCAGAAAACAAGAAAAAGAAAUGCAAAAUGCAAGAUAUUUAUUAUUUAUAUAAAAUCUGAUUCAAAACGCCAAUAGGGAAAGUUAAAAGUACAUUGAUCGAUUUUUUAAGUCCAUCUGUCUUAAUUUUGUACUAUCGUAAUACACGUUAUUUACCUACUAAAAAUAUCUCGUUAGGCUCACAGAUCCAUCAAUGUCCAUUUACAUUACAGUAAAACUGUUUUGUAACCUAAGGACUUGAGAAAGAAUAAUAAUUGUGCCUGUAAAAAACAGCGGCUCAUAAAGUAUCUGAGUAUUCAAUUAGCUUCUGAAAGUGAAUUCAAAUGAAUUCGGAAAAUGUAAGUAAUUGUUUACCAAACAAACAUAUAACUUACUACAAAGCUCUCUGUUAACUUGGCCAGUUUUUAUGAUUGCGCUUAUUAAUUAAAGAGUGUUUUACCAAAUACUCUAGUUUCAAACCGACUUUUGAAUCACUGAGAGCAUCUAAAAUGAAGGAUUUCUACACAUUCGAUAUGAAUGCCAAUUAAUCGGUGACAAUCAACCAAAAACCCCUUAUAAAUAGAAUAACAGCGCGCUAUGCCAAUUGAUCAAAAGCUAUUAUGAUUGACGUUUUAUAAAAUCGAUUACCCAAUGCUACUGCUCUCUGAUCAAAAAUCUUAUUGUGGCGUACAGUCCGUGUUUUUUGUUUAUCAAGUAGCAUAUAGUAUCGAUACCGGGCUUCUGCGUUAUUUUGAAUCCUUGGUUAGACACAUUGCUUCAUCCUGACCAUAACCUCGGUGGUAAUAUUGGCAGCAGUUUGGAUAUAAUUACAUUACCAUUAGACGUUCUACUAGAUAUUAUUUUUCGAGAUACAUUGUUUAUUUGGUCGUCACUUGUAAUGCUUCUCUUGGCAAAACAAGAUCUGCGAUAAGCAUUGAAAUUUCGAAUUAUGUCACAGCGAUCUAUUGGAAAUCCAUUUAUUAAAAUUUUGAUCAAAUCGCCGAUCGAUAUAUCGGGUUUUCGGUUCAUUGUCGCCAAUCAACUGGCAUUCGAUAUACUGGCAUUUGAUAUGGCGUAAAACCCCUAAAAUGAAUAUACUUGUACCAUAAACCAAAGUUUAAUAUCUAUUUGAGUACAUGGGGUGAUUUUGCAAGGUAACCAUCUCCGCACGUGUAAUUUUAGAAUCCUUCCGUUAACAUUUAAAGACUUUAAAGAUCUUGUUUCAUUUUUAUUAAUUUGCGUCCUUAUUUCGGUACUGUGUGGCACUGGUAUCUCUAGCUUUUCAAAGGUCAAAGUACAGUUAAAACUGUGUGAAAAAAACAUGAAAGCAAGAAAAUACAAUUGUGAGUCUAACAUUAUUAUCAAAAUAAUAUAAUAAGUGAAAAAACAGAACACAUGAUAAUCUUGGGGGAGUUACUGGGAGACAUAAUCUGAUUUGACACUUGAUGUUCUUUUUUCAACUUAGAUAGCUGUAUAAUGGUACUGUAACGCCCGUAGCGUUACAGCCUCUUUGACCAUUCUAGAGAUUGAAUUCAGGCACAGACUCGAUCUGUUGACUAUAAUUAAUUGUAAUGUAUAUUCUUGAGUUCAAAUAAACAUAG